UAAACUAUUCUUCUUAUUUUUUCAUAUAUUAGAGAAUGAAAUUGCCCGUCUACGCUAGAUUUGGGUUCGUGUUUGCUGCAGCCUUGCUUGCAACUCAUGUCGAGGCCGGAUGUUCAGGAGAACUUAAAGUAGUUACACAGCAUGAUUUGGAUCAAGUUCGCAGCUGCAAAACAUACAGUGGCAAUAUUGUCAUCGAUAAUGUUGGAGUCGCUGAUCUUAAAGUAAAUGGUAUCGAAUUAGUUGAAGGUGACAUUCUUGUCAAGAACAACGAUGGUCUCAUGAGUUUCUCCAUGCCCAAACUUCAAGGAGUCAAUGGCCACAUUGUGUUUAGCAACAACAAGAUAUUGAGCGCCAUUGAUAUUAAGCAAGUCUAUGCUCUUCGUGGUAUUGAAGUCGCUGUCCAUCCUGCUCUGAAUGAACUUGUGUUUGCCACCGGCUUAUCACAGGCUGAAAAGAUCAGUAUUACCGACACCACUAUUACCAAAUUCGAUGGCAUCAAGUUGAACUCUGUAAAAGAUAUUGAAAUCUCAAACAAUAUCUACUUGAAGAACUUGUCUUUUGGAAAUAUGACUAAAAUUGGAAAUAUCUUGGUAUCAGCUAAUUCGCCUUCUAUGCAAGUAGACUUGGAUCAAGUCGAAUCCUUACAUGACGCUACCUUCCGAAAUGUGGCCGGUAUCUCUUUAAAGAACCUCAAAAAAGUUGGUGGUGAUAUCUCUUUUAUCUCGAAUAGCUUCGAAUCUCUGACCUUGCCUAUUGCUUCUGACAUUGGUGGUACCCUGACUUUGACGGAAAACAUGCUUCUUAACAAUCUAUCCAUGCCUCACUUGAACCAUUUAGGUGGUGCUCUUUCUGUCAACAACAAUAAUAAGCUUAAUUCUAUCAGCGCAUUCGCUUCCCUUCAACAAGUCGAUGGUACUCUGGAUAUUACCGGUGGCUUUGAUGAAUUAGAUUUCCCUGUUCUUGUGGAUGUACGUGGUGGCCUUAACAUUCAAACUUCCAGCGACCAAUUUUCAUGUGACAACGUCAACAAACUCAAGCAUGGUAUCAUCAAAGGAAACGCUUUUAUCUGUAAAUCUGCUGUUGCUCAACCUCAAUCGAAUCUUCACGGUGGAAAAGGUGGUGGCAAAGGCGGUAAUGGUAACUUUGAAAGCGCUGCCAAUACUUUAACCUACCAUGCUGGAUAUUUGACUUUGCUUGGCGCUACUCUUGCUUGCAUGAUUUAAAUUUAAGACCAUUGAUAUACACUAGUUAAAUUAUAUAUAAUAAAAAGCCCAUUUUUAUCAC